CGCACCGGUAGCGCGGCAGGCUUCCAGUGGCUCGGCUCGGACGGGAGGGGAUCAGGCCGCAGCGGCGACGGCAUGUGGUGCGAGUUCGGCUCGGGGACAGGGAUCGAGUUCUGAAGAAGAGAUUCAGACAAAGAGUGGAGAUUGUGGAAGAGUUCGUCCGGUUCUGGCUUGGACGACAGAGACUCCGGCUUUGAAGGCUUGGCUCGAGCUAGGGAAGGGAAACAAGAUGGCGCAAGGGCAAGAGAAGGGCUCGGUGGUGCUCGACGGGAAGAGUUACAGCUUUUUCAGACUCCUCGAGCGCAUUCCGCUGACGCACAACACGGCUGUCUAUCGGUUUGCUCUGCCGCAUCCUGACGACGUUCUCGGCCUCCCCAUCGGCCAGCACCUCUUUCUCUCGGCUGAGAUCGACGGCAAGCGGGUGACUCGCCAGUACACCCCGGUCUCGGGCGACGCCGAUCUUGGCUACUUUGACCUGGUCAUCAAGGUCUACCCGGGUGGCAAGAUGUCGACUCAUGUCGACCGUAUGGCGCCUGGCGAUGAGAUCGCCGUCAAGGGGCCCAAGGGCCGCUUCAAGUACGUCCGCGGCAUGGCCGACGCCCUCGGCAUGAUUGCCGGCGGAACUGGCAUCACUCCCAUGCUCCAGAUCAUCACCGCAGUGCUGGAGGAUCCCGAGGACACCACCAAGCUCAACCUCAUCUUUGCCAACGUCAACUACGAGGACAUCCUGCUCAAGGACGAUCUUGACUCGCUCGCUGCCACCUACCCGGACCAGUUCUCGGUCUACUACGUGCUCAACAACCCGCCGAGCCCCGAAUGGGACGGCGGCGUUGGCUACGUCUCGGCCGACAUGAUCCAGGCCUGGCUCCCGCCGGCCUCGCCGGCCACCCGCAUGCUGCUCUGCGGGCCCAAGCCGAUGGUCAAGGCCAUGAAGUCCAUCGCCGCCGACCUGGGCUUUGCCACGGACGGCAAGCAGGUAUUUGCCUUCUAGUCAUGAAACCCCACAUCAAGCUACCUCCCACCCCA